AUGAUCCUCGUUGGAUCGAUGCCAUCCGAAUUGGACGUCACCGGUGAAAUCAAUUCGACCUAUCCGGACGGUGAAGUUAUAGUCAGAGCCGAAGAGGCUUUGAUAGUUAUUUUGGUCCUCCUCCUUUGGGCCGCAGCAAUUGCGUUAUUCUUCAAUCGAUGGGGGAAGAUCAGAAUGUUGGAGCCAUAUCAGCCGAAAUUUCAGCAGCAGCACAGGCAAAGCUGUACGACGCUUGAACAAAAUCCGCUUCAGAACCGGCGCACGUUCUCUAAAUGCAAUAUUCUCUGCGGGGACUACCCAGCUGGGCACGAACUGAGCUGCGUCCCGGGUCAAAUGCGGCCAAGGCAGAACAGCGUGUUCAUUGGCUCUAGCGCAUCCUUGCUGCCAGGUGGUCAGGGUACACCUCGUCGAACGAAAAGCGCAUUUGACCUCCAAUUCCUGGUACUAUCAGAGAACAACCCGGUGGACCCGCCCAGCGAGCAAGACGCUCUGAGAAGCCUGAAGCCAGCUGGCGAGUCCACCAAGCUGCUGCAACGCGAACGAAGAACCAGUGUCUGCCAGUUGGACAGACCAGAGAAGCCGAUCUUUCGGGACAGAGGGAUGAGCAUCUGUCAAUUCGAUGCUUCUCCAAAGUCCUGGCAAAGGGACCGCGGGAUGAGCAUCUGCCAGUUCGACAGGAUGGAGGUCCUCGCCAGGCCUCUGCAAAGAGAUCGUGGUGGGAGCAUAUGCCACUUCGACAGGAUGGAUGUGUUAGCCAGACCACUGCAAAGAGAUCGUAUCGGUAGUACCUACCAUUUCGACAGGAUGGACGUUCUGGCCAGGCCUAACUUCUCUCUUGGCAAGUCUCUGUUAAGGGAGAGACGUGUCAGUAUGUGCAAUUUCUUGGAGAAGGACGAGGAAACGGCGAGAGCUGGUCAAAUGGAGCGACGUUUGAGCAGUAGUAAUAUCGAAAAGAUAGAGAAAGACGAGUCGAUCGAGGAGUUUGAGGUGGAGACUGGAAGACAGGAGAUAUUUGCCAAGUGUGUACCCAAAGAGAAGAAGUACCCCAAUUAUCAGCUGGAUCAACCGUCUUGCAGCAAGACCCCGGAUCCUGUCUUCGGGUACAAGGCUACCUGCGUGUAA